AUGGCCUCGUCAGACAAGUUCAUGUUGUUGCUAAGGUUAACCCUCAGCCUUUUGUGUGCCAUUAUCAAUGGUAUUGAUCUUUCUUUCAAUGUAUAUGCUGUCAUUCUGAAAGAGACGUUCAAUUUUACCCAAACCCAAGUGGAAAUAACUGCUUCCAUGAGCUGUGUUGGGUUUGGACUGUCCUUCUUAGAAAUGUUAUCAACUGGGUACUUUGGUUACUCCACAACAUUUGUGGGCACGUGGAUACUGGUGACAUUGUCAAGUGGACUAUUCUGUAUGGCGGCCUGGCACAGGACAGUCUUCCAUUAUUGGCCAUCGCUCGUUUAUCUUAUACAACUUGGGAUGUCAACUGGUGGUGGUGUGGCUUACAUGGUUGUGACACGCGUCUGUUUGGAGGUCAUACCAGAACGACAUACCGGGAAAUUUAUAGGCGCAUUCGGAUCGGCCAUUUGUUUUGGUAAAAUCUUCUUUGCAGCACUUUUUGAGGUCUUUUUUCAUGGCGACAUGGCCGGAUUUUUUCUCUGUUUGUCUAUCAUGUUUGCCGUUUUACUAGGACUCUGCUACUUGGCACUAUAUCCGGUUACCAUAAACUUGCCGCAAGGAACCUUCAACUUUUCAGGACAUAAGGACAUUACCAUUACAUCUUCCGGAAAUGUUAUUCGGUCUCCGUUUUUUCACAUGACUUUUUGGACAUCGAUAGCCGUCGCGUCAGCUGGUUACACAGUCUUGAACAACAUCACCUCCAUCACCGAUUCCAUAGGGAAUUCCGAUUCCUUCUCCAUAGUAACUACUAUGUCCGUGUGUAUCAUGGUGACGAGGCUAACAUAUGGUUUCGUCUUUGACAAAGUGCCCACCCAAGCAUGUGGUUUCUGGCUGCUAUACUCCGCCUACUUCAUCUUUGGGGCAGGUCUGCUGCUCGGUAUGUUCUACUUGACCCCUGCCACGGUAUAUCUACACACUGUUCUGGCGGGAUUUGGAGUUGGACCGGCACUAUUUUUGCCCCUCGCCAUGCUUGUUGAGGAGUUUGGACGGCAAUCUUACACGUUCAUCUCUGGGGCUGUCUGGGCAGGGGUGGCGGUACUCGAACUAUCAAUGCAGAUAAUGACUGGAUUCUUCUAUGACAAUAUCAGCCUUGAUGUCGGCAGAACCGAUAACUACUGUCAAGGCCCCAAAUGCUUUUUUUUCACUUUUGCUGUCUUACUUGCCAUAAUAGUUUUUUCUUUUGUAAUCCAGGUUAUUAACUUUGUGAUGUACACACGAGCCAGAGCCAGAGAACGGCGUGUCGGAUGAUGUUCAAAACGAUUACCAUGUUCUUUACACCUCAUAUGUUGCUCUCUAGAUUCACCUUAUAUCACGUCUACCGUUAUCAAAUGUUGUACAGAAAACAACACCCAGGUCACUGUGGUCACGGUGAUGAGGCAGGAUGUUAAUGAUUCAUGAAACACAAAAACCUUGUCGCAAUCUUUGUUUCUAAUAAUAGUUAAAGUGAAACACAAGAACUUCGUCGCAAUCUUUGUUUCUAAUAAUAGUUAGUGAUGUUAUGAAACACAAGAACUUUGUCGCAAUCUUUAUUUAUAAUAAUACUUUAUACGUCCAUUCUCUUUAUAUGAAGUAUGCACAUCGUGAUUCUGAAACAAUUUUAUCGAUAACUGCUGAUUAAAUAGUUCCGGGCGAGGACAUCAGUGAUGAGGCUAUGAGCCUGAACAAGCCCACGUGCGUCGCGCGGGAUCCAAAAGUCAAGUUUGUGUAAUGGUGGCAGUGGUGUAAAGCGAGCUGUAUGGAGUAUGAACAAUUACACAGAUGCACCCACUGAUACCCUUUUCCAAACAGUGAUCAGUGUGUACCGUGAUGUGUGUGCGGAACUAUCGGCCCUAAUCCUUAUACAAACCUUAUAUAAGGUUGCUUUAAAAUACUUUUUUCUUGAAAUUAUAGAUUCUGAAAAUUGUUUAUUCAGUGUUAAAACCCACUUCUCACCCCAGUGGAAGCUACCAAGGUAACUAGAUGCUAUGACUUCACUUCCAGCAACCACAAUUCAAAAACAUGGUGAUCGUGCUAGGGUCAUUUUUAGACAUGUUGAUGUGAAAAGUGCAACCUCCAUGUGGUGGCAUAGCAUUGUACCACCCGAAGAUCACGGGGUAUAUAUUUUUGAAAUUCACAAAUUUACUACAUAAUUAGUAAGGAAAAUCAUUGAGGUCGAGUAGCAUAUAGUGAACGUCACAGACGCCCACUUAGCUUAGAUAGCACACA